GAGUUGGCGGAGGAGGAGGAGUUGGUGUGGAUGUGGGUCGAGUGAUGGCGCUGGUGUAGUGUGGAUGGUUGUGGCGCGCAGAGCGUGUGCGGGUGAGUGAGUGAGUGUGAAGAACCGCCAUGAUCGUAUUGCGGUUCCAACUUGCUUGAAAUCCCGUCAUUUUCCUUUCGGUGACCCCUUGUGUGUGUUCGAAAGAGGAAAUUAUCAACAUGAGCGGUUCCUAGGGGUGUUUCCCCCCAUUUUGUGGUGGGCUGUGGCCCGCUAAGCCCCCCCGCAUUAGUGAAAUAUGGUGAAAAAGUGAAGUGGGGGUAACUCUAGGAGUUGGCUAUCAAUGUUUGUGCUGUGCCAAGAUGAGCAAGUUCCGCGCCAGGCAGCUCGAUGCCUCCAAACCUAUCCCCGUGUACAUGCAAGAGGACAUUCCCGACUUCGCCGAUUACAAUGCCAUCAACAGAACGGUGCCCCAGAUGCCCACGGGCAUGGAAAAGGAGGAAGAAACGGAACAUCAUCUUCAGCAGGCCAUCUUCCAUCAACGUAUUAUUCCGGUUCCAGAAGUCUACGAAGCUGGUACCGAUGACAUGUCCGUCCUGGAUUCUAUGUAUCCUCCCACCUAUAAGGCCCCCCGACAGCUAAUCCAUAUUCACCCGUUCUCUGCGGAUCAAGACAUCCCUGAAUAUGAUAUGGACUCAGAGGAUGAGGAUUGGCUCAACCAACAUGCAGCCAAAGGAGAAAUACCCUUAACAUGCUUGCAAUUUGAGGAAAUGAUGGACAGGCUGGAAAAGGCUUCAGGACUAAAGGCUGUGACAUUGCACGAGGCCAAGGUGCUUUUAAAAGAUGAUGAUGACUUAAUCAUUGCUGUCUAUGACUACUGGCUUAACAAAAGGCUGAGACUAGCUCAUGCACUUAUACCACAGCAAGUCAAAACUGAAAAGGGAUCAGGAACAGCAGCAAAUGAUCCUUAUGUUGCUUUCCGGAAAAGGACUGAAAAGAUGCAAACCAGGAAAAAUCGCAAGAAUGACGAGUCAAGUUAUGAAAAAAUGCUGAAGCUUCGUCGAGAUUUGUCCCGUGCUGUCACUUUGUUAGAGAUGGUAAAGAGAAGAGAAAAGGCAAAACGAGAGUACCUCAAUCUUAACAUAGAAGUUUUUGAGAGACGGUAUGAGAUGCAGGACUUUACUGGAGCAAUGUUAGCAGAAGUAACAGCACUCAGAGCCCAGAGGCCUGCAUUUGCUCCACUCUUCUCCAAUCAUCAGCUGACAUCAGGAACCAUCUCUUCGAGCGCCUCAGGCAGUGGGUCUUGGUUGAAAGUGGCCCCUAUGUCACAUUCCAGCAAAGUGAGUAGAAAAAGAGAGGAUGGAAAACGGGAAAGACGGCCUUAUAAGAAAAGACCAAGACGACAUCAUGGUCACCUUUCAUCUUCAGCAUCAUCCACACCCCCCACGCCUCAGCUCACACCAACAUACACACAUCCCCCUGACCCUUAUACUAUAGCUUCUGCAUACCCACAGGAUACAAUAGGCUCUGUUCCUCCUAGCUCAGAUGAAGAAGGUGCAUCACCCUCACCAUCUGAAGCGGAAGAAGAAAAUGAACCUGAUGGUAUAUUUACCUUUAGAAGAAAAAAAUUUACCAAUUACCAUACGCCUAGAGAAGGCAACUGGCCGUGGGUCCCUCCGAAGGAAGGUGGAGGAGGUGACCCGAAAUAUCGAUUUUCUCUCACCUCCCUUUCAAAUCCUACUCGUCGAUGUAUUGGUUUUGCUCGUAGAAGAAUGGGCAGAGGUGGCAGGGUGUGGAUAGAUAGGUUAAGUACGCCGCUUGAUGACCUUUGGUGCAAGACGGACUUUAGAGAUGUGGGGCCUAACGGCAUCACAUCGACGAAUGAUUUCCUCCAUGAGGUUAAGACUGAAUGGCCACACUUUUGCCCGAGUUCUCCACCAGAGGACAACGACACUGAUGUGGAAAUUGACGUAGAAACAGUUGGGGUUCCAGUCACUUUGACACCAGACGUGAGCCUCAAUUCUACGACAUCCACAGAGGAGCUAAACUUGGCAUCGGCGGUGCCGUCCUCUGUCAUGAUCACUGCGGAGAUUUUAGACGGUGAAAGUUUAGGAAGUAUAACUGAUUUAGAAGUGACUAUACCUUCAGAACUUGACACAUUACUCAGUGGUGAUCCUGGAGUGAUACUCGGGGAAAACUUAGAAGUGGACCUCGUAGCAGAUUCGAGCAGUGCCGUUACAGACAAUGGUAGUGCAUCUAAAGGUGGUGUAGGAACAAACAGUGGUUCUAGUAGUUCAGGAGGGGUCACGCUUCAUGAUCUGUCUAGUAGUGAUUGGGCGACAAGCUUCAGCAGUACAAGUGAACGUCAGCAUCUACAUUCCGUGAACUUUACCACUCAACCCACAUCCAAGUUUGUGACCCUCGACUCAACUAACACGCUUCCCUUGGCAGUUUCGGGGCUGCAACUUAGUACAAGCAACAUGACGGGUGAUGAGAUACAGUCUUGUUCCUUACCUUCAUCCACGUUGACUGCAGUAGCAACCUCCUCCUCUUCCUCUUCUUGUGUACCAUCCCAAUCUUCAUCAUCCUCCACCACGUCCUUAUCUUCCUCCAACUCUACAUCUUUGUCUUCUUCCAUGUCCUUAUCCACUUCUACAGCAACUAGUCUAAGUAACAGCUUACUGUGUGCCUCCUCAAGCAUUGUAAAUGACAAGGUUGGCAGCGAGUGUUCAACAAACAGUGAGUGUAGUGAUAGCCAAGCGUUAACAUCUUCACACAUACAAGAAUCUUCAUCGGCAGAUGCUUUUAGUGUAUCCAGUGGACUUAUAAAUAAAAAUGGUGGAAAUGUUUUAAGUAGUGCGACCACAAAUAACCUGGUGUCUCAUAAAUUAUAUGCGUCAACAACUCGGACAAAUGACAGCUUAUCCAAUAGUGACAGUAGUACGACAGUUUUAACAAAUGGACCGAGCAAUUCUUUAGACAGCUCAAAAUGUGCUAAAGUGGAUCACUAUAUGUUUCAUGAAACUUGAAUCCUCUCAAAAUUCACUAUUGCCAUGAAAAGAAUAUACUGUUUUGAAAUUAUUUCAUGUCUUUAACUUAUUUUUAUACCAAAUGCACAAUGAAAUAAUAACAUGUGUUGAUUAUUCCAUGUC